AUGAAGAUUCUCUACAUCGGAGUCCUACACAAUGGCCAGCAGCCCGCCGUGGAACUGUGUUCCGAGCGCGAGUUGAGCAGCUACUCGCGUUUUACCCGGAACAGCAUCAGCGAGUUCAUGACCAUGUUCAGCAAGACGGUGGCCGAGCGGACGAAACAGGGCCAGAGACAGGAUAUCGAAGAGCAAGGCAAGUCGUACCAUUUUCCCGAUUUCACAUUCCAUGUUUACGCGCGGACCCAGAACAUCGCCGGAGUCAUCAUCAGCGACAAAGAAUAUCCGUCUCUGGCGGCCCAUCAGAUCUUGUCCAAGACUCUGGACGAGUUCCUUUCCCAACACCCCAACGCAGAGACCUCCCGGAGCCCCGUGAGCUUUCCGCCUCUGAGAAUCUACAUCACGUCGUACCAGGAUCCGCAGGAGGUGGACAGCAUCAUGAAGAUCCAGAAGGAACUGGACGAGACGAAGAUCGUCCUUCACAAGACUAUUGAGAGUGUGCUUGAACGAGGCGAGAAAAUCGACGACCUGGUGUCCAAGAGUGAAGGAUUGAGUGCACAGAGCAAGAUGUUUUAUACCUCCGCUAAGAAGCAGAAUUCAUGCUGCGUUAUCUGCUAG